UUGUAGGUUAGAGUAAAAGGGGGGGGGUGGUAAUCAUGAAUAAUCAGGCUUUAAAAUGUAAUUGAAAUGAAUGUAAAAACUGUUAAAAAAUGCCUAUUAAAUGGGGUUUGGGUUGGCAAUGUGUUUGGACCCAGGAAAGUUGGGAAAUGUUUGGGUUGGUGCGAUUGGUCGGUCCAGGGUCCGGGGCGACAGCAGGAGUGUGCCGGGGUGCUUAGCGCUAAGGUUGGUGGUGUUUCCUCCCAGGUGUGGCGUCGCUUGUCGCCGUGUGUCAAUCUAACGCGUCGACAUUCCAAUUAGCGUGAGAGAGACUCCACCUGAGCGCACAUCCUUGUUUUCUUUGGCACUCUUCACUCGGCGUUCGCGUCUGCCCGCCGAUCAAACGGAGGCAAAGAUUACGGCCGCGUAACGACCCCGACCGGUGGUACCGACUCAACUCCAAGACAGGCAAGAAGGAGAAGGAGCGAGGCGACAUUCAAGUUAGCGUCCAGUUCACGCGCAACAACUUGACGGCUAGCAUGUACGACCUGGUCAUGAAGGACAAAGGGGGCGUUUCCACCUUCAGCAAACUGAAAGAGCGCAUGAGGAGCAAGAGCAGAUCCAGCGAAGACGACGCAACCUCGGCCCCCGGGGGCGCCGACCCGCUGUGCCGCGUGCGUCAGCGUUUGCCCAGCGACGGCGGCGGCGAGGAGGACUACGAGGACGACGAGGGCGGAGAAGUCAGGCGCAGCAAGAUGAGGACCUUCUUCCUCCGGGGGAAACUGCGAAAGUCGUCGGACACGCGCUCCAGCACGUCGCUGGCCUCCGAGAGCAGCGAGUCGUCGCGGGGGGGCAGCCUCAGCCCCACGGCGGGCAUCAGCGUGGUGGUCUCCGACCUCUCCAACUCGCCCAGCAACAGCAGCAACCUGACCGCUGACAGCCCAGAGAACACGGCAGACGUAUCCCCCAAGUUGUCCCCCCUGCGCCGUGACUUCAGCGACGAGAUCAACGAAAUCACCAUUGCCGUGCCUCAGCUCCCCGCGGGUGUCGACGCAACCCGCAAGGCGCAGACCCGGGAUCGGGCCUCGGCGGGCCCGGAUACGUCUCUGUCCGUGGGGCACCUGCAGAAGACUUUGCCUCUCUCAGUGUCGUUGCAGAACCUCCGCCCGCGGGCCUUUGCCGACCCGCUACACGGCACCGUGGGCGACGGACGGCGCUGGUCUUUCGACAAGGCCGGAGAGGAGGAGAGCGCGGCCAUCGCGGCGGCCAUGGAGAAAAACUGCCCCGCGCUGGGCCGAGAAGACAAGGACGAGGGAGCCCGGAAAGACCCUGGCGCUGAGGCCAAACGCAAAGGAUGGUUCGGGUCCGUGGACUUGCACAGUAAACCCAGCCCGGGACCGCCUCCAAAACUAGACCCCACCGCUGAGCCGCCUCUUUCCCCAUUGCACCACUCUAAUCCCUUCUGUCCCUCGCCGCCCGUGUCACCAGGCAACCCUUUCCUCUUGCGAGACGUUACCUACGAUGCCUCACCGCCCCCCCUGCCCUUCCUUUCCAGUUCUCGGCCGCCCAUAGAGCAACUCUUUCCAAAGGCGAGUCAGCCGGUCACCCGGAUUUGGGACACUCCGACCACCGGAGACCUUGUCGUGAAAAUGGCCAGAGUUGCACCAACAACAUCCACGGAAGGGAAGAUACUUUUAAGCAAAAAGUCUUCCAACCCUUUUACAUCUGCCGAGGGAAAGGAACCUGAUAGAGAAUGGGACGAUUCCUUUGAGGAGUUUGCGACCUGCAGGCUGCAAACACCCAAAGACCAAACCUCAGACAUCUUAUCCAGUGUCCAUCAGAGCGAACAUGGCAGCGAUGGAGGCACUGACCCCCUGAAUACCAAAGGUAUCGCCAACUACACAGUGAACUGGGGCUACCUGCACUCUCUGGACCCAAUACCGGAGGAUGAAACCUACGAGUACUGCAACAAAGUCUCUGCUGUCUCCUCGGCUUCAUACCCGGCGUCUGAAUUGCAUAAAGCUAACGGCGCCACAAACAUGCCUCCGGGCUUUCCGGAUCCUGCUUCUUCGUCAGGUAUCGGUAGUUCGGUAGAAGAUGAUUUCCGCUCCUGUUUCUCUCCGUAUUCGGCAUCAGAUAAGCUCUCAGCAUGUUCCUCAGAUGAAACCGAGCCGCAGAAUUUUGAGAACGGCUUGGAGAUCUUGUCCGAUACGGGUGUCGGUCCAAAGGGUUCUACUUCUAUGGAUGAGGUUUUGACUGAUGCAGCCCAACAAUCUGUGAAUCAGAGUGAAGAUUCAGAUUGGUGGGACUCAGAGGGGUCGCUAGUCUUCACGCCACCGUCAUCCGUCUCUACCGGAUUGACAAUGGGUUUAGAGGCUGCAGACAUGCCGACGCCAGAGAACCUGGACCUCCAUCAAAAGUCCAUCUCCUCUCUGCUGUCUGACGAUGAGAAUGGAGGGUUACCUCUGGGUCAAUCCAGUGGACAACCAUCUCUCUAUGACUGCACCUCCUCACCAGGAAUUGGUCAUUCCUCAUCUUUUGAGGAUCUGGGAAUGCAGGAAGGUUGCUGGGAGUCUCCUGUACCCUUCAAGGAUUUUGAACCUUGUAACCAGAACACCAAUAGUUUUCUCCAAAGCCUCAACGUAACCGCCGACUCACAGAACUACCAAAAUUGCCAUUCUCUACCACCCUCAGAAUCCUCUGGCAUAUCGGAGCCUGGUGAUAGUUUCUACUCUGAGAACUCGACCUUCUCUGGUGAGCUUGGAGAGAUUUGGGAAGCUGCUCGUGAUUCAGUAAGUCCAGAUGGAGCAAACCACCAAUCUGACUCGUCUCCGUUGCCAGAAAGCCGAGCGGAUACUGAUGAAUCCGGUUACAGAGCAAGGGACGACAUGAGUUCUCGGGUUUCCCCUGCAACAGACUUCUUUCCGGCACCUGCUCAGGACAAUCAAUUCCCUGUUCACGACGGACAGUUUGUAAAAAAACCUCCACCAAAGCUCCCCAAAAUAUCUGAGAGUACUAGGAGCUUUCUCCAAAGCCUCAAUGGCAACUUGGAGUUCCAUCAAAAACAGUGCAGUAUAUCUGAGCCCUCUGAAACGCUCGCUGAGCCCUCGGAGAAACCUACAUUUUUUGGGGAACAAGGAGAGAUUUCGGAAUCCCCCAGUGUUUCAGAGAGCCUGAAGGGUUCUCCAGAUGUUCCAAACAACCAAACUCUCUGGUUGUCUCCACCCGUGGAAACACCAGAUAUUUUUGAUUCAAGUCUCACAGCAGGGGACAACGAACAUUCUGAAGUUCUCCCAAUGACUCAUACAGACCCGGAUCAGAGACCUACUGAGAGUGAUCAUUUCACCACCAGCUUUCUCCAAAGGCUUGAAAGGAACUUGCAGGACCACCAAAACCGUAACGGCUUGUCCAAGCCCACCGUGAGGGUAGAGUCUGAGAAAUCCACUUCCCGUGGGGAGGCAGGAGAGGUUCCAGAGCCCACCGGUGCUUCAUUGAGCCCUGUGAGUCCUGUGAGUGGACCCAACAACAAAGUAAAUUCAUUGUGUCUGAUGCCAGAGGACAGACCAGUUAUAUUUGAGCCAGGUUUCACAGAUCCCCGUGGAGGCUUCGCAGCAGGUAAUGACGGGGGUUCUCUGUACCUCCCUGUAACUCCCACAGACUGUAGUCUGAAGGCGGUCGAGGGCGACCAGUUUGCUGUUCGAGAUGACGUCUUUGUGAAAAAACCUUUGCCAGAACUCCCUCAAAUAUGCCAGAGCACUGGGAGCUUUCUCCAAAGCUUCGACGACAACUUGCAAUACUAUUACGACGCAUCCCUCCCCACUGAGAUUGUUGGCGAUACCAACUGUGGGGAGAUAGGAGGCAUUCCAAAUACCACCAGUCCUGCAGGGAUUCCGGAGGGUUCUCUUGAUGACACAACAAAAAAUGAUGACUUGUUGUUUCUGGUGGCGGAAGACAGAUCAGAUCCUCAUGAGCCAGGUUUCCGAGACACUUGUGAGUCAGGUUUAACGGAAGAGGAUAACGGUAGUUCUCAAGAUCUCCCUGCACCUCCACCAGACUCAUAUCCGACGCCAGUCGAAGGAAAUCAGUUCAGUGCUUUCGAUGACAUGUUUGUUGAAAACGCUCCGCCACGACUUCCCAAAAUAUUCCAGAGAACGAGGAGUGUUCCCUCAUUCCCACUAUCUCAAAGCCACGGCGGUAUAAAGAGGCAGGGCUCCGAGAACUCUACCACCUCCGGGGAGGAAGCCACUAGUGCUUCAGUGAACCAUUCCAAUAGUGGACCAAACGUCAACAAACACAUCACUGAUUGGUUGAAUCUGGUGAUGGAGGAUAGACAAGAUAAGAGUUUCUCUGAAGGGGGUCACAGGAGCUCGCAAGUUCUCCAGGAAACUUCAACAGAGUCAAAGCCCGGCAAGGUUCUCGAUGACAUGUCGGUGAAUGGCACACCGGCGCAACGCUCCUCUUUGCUCCGGACGCAGUCUGAGAGGAGGGCCGCCAAGGACAUGACCCUUCCGCGGUCGUUCUGGAGCAAGUUCCAGACCCUCCAGGCAUCGUCCGCACGCCCUGACUCCCCCUCCCUUUCUUUCUCCUCGGCACCUCCGCUAGCCCGUCACAGUAUUUGCUUCCCGUCGUUCUUUUCCCCCCUUUCCAAUGCUUCGCCGCCGCCUGCCACGCUGAACUCUCAGGAGGCGGAGGAAAGCCGGCAUCAGCUCGCCGCCUGUCUGGAGCCCAGUCCCCACCCGGUCCGGCCCCUGAGCAGCGACUCGCCGGCCGGAGGCCGCUCGGUCCUGGCGAAGAUCAAGUCCGGCGUCCAUCCCGGCAGGAGCGGCCAGCCCGGCGAAAAGAUCCUGACGGAGGGCGCCGGCGAGUAUUACCACCUGACCCACGGCGAGCUGAUCGGGCUCCUGGUGCGGCGCGAGGCCGAGCUGGAGCUGCAGAAGGCGGCCUUUCAGCGGCAGCGCGCCCUGCUGGCCAAGCGCGAGCUGGAGCUGCGCAAGCUGAAGCCUCAGGUCCGGGACCUGGAGGACUACAUUGACACGCUUCUGGUGCGCAUCAUGGAGCAGAAGCCCACCCUCUUGCAGGUGCGCUCCAGGCUCAAAUGACGGCACACACCCCUGACCCCCCCCAACAGCUUUUUAGUCUUUUCGCUGCUACGCUGUCCCUUUUUGAUACGGACAAACGUUUUGCAGCGGUUCUCAAACGUUUUCGGAUCCGGUGUUCUUUCCCGACGCCAAAAGAACAUGACGAGCACGACCACCGCCAAAUGCUGAUUCAAAUGUCAAAAUUGUACAUUUAUGAUAACGUUCACAUUGUGGAAAUUCACACAAACAAAAAUGCAUUUUUCUCUGGACAAAAAUUUCGGGAUCAUAUGAUAAAGUUGUAUUUUGCCAAGAUGAAGUCACAAAAUUGAUAUUAAAGACAGUUUAACUAGGUCCUAUAAGAUCCUAGAAAGCUGCGACUAGUUAUUAAUCUGUCAAUUUAUGUUUUUGAUGAAUCAGAGGGGAAAAAAAACAACGCUUCUAUGUUCAACAGCAGGACAUUAUUUCAAAUUGAGAGAACAGACAAAUACACAAACUUCAACUGAUUAUGAUUUUGUGACCGGUUUUGUCCAGAACAUUUCAGUAAAAAAAAAUACCAGUGACGUUGUAGGGCGGCAACGCCCGCCACACGUCGCUCCGCCCCUUCCAAACGGCAAAUAUUUUGGGUUGACUCUACCCACUAAAGCAAUAGAAAAUAAAAACGGGCUUAUUCAGAAGAGAAAAAUUGUUUUCGCUCGAGUGGCCCGCUUUGAAAUGACAUCCAGUAAUAAUGGAUUGUAAAAAUGAUUUUGCGGGCCCGGCAAGAUCAGACUCGUGUCGCCCCGCCGGUGCCCAGACCCCAGUUUGAGAACCGCUGCGGCGUCGCGAACGCGUCGCCCGACCCUCGGCCUGUCCUCGGGUCGUCGUUGGGUGGCGACUCGGAGAACAGAAACAAAAGAAAAAAAAAAAAAAACAUCCUUUUUUUUUUUUUUUUUUGCCUCGCCUCACCUGUUCUGAUGGCAAACGCUGACCCGGUUCACCUCCACCGGUCGACUUCAUCACGAACUGCUGGACCUUUUUUUUUUUUUUGUUUGUUUUUUUUUACUGCGACGUGUGGAGAAGGAAAAGACGCAACUGAAGGCCGUCAUGCUUGAAAGUCUCAACUUUUGCAAGAAAACGAAUGGAUGGGCACCGACGUCUUACAUAGGCUCAAUACUACAGGAAAAUAUUUCUUUUUUUUUUUUUUUAUUCACAUUUUUUUGUAUAUAUGUUUUCCGUAAAAAAAAAAAAAGAACAUUAUUAGGGCCACCCCUAAAGAAAGUUGCCUUCUUAGGAGAACAAAGAUAAAAAGAAUAUAGUUUUUUUUUUAAAUAUUAUGAGGAUAAAAGGUCUAUAUUUUUGGGGUUAAAAAAUGUAGCGCUUAAGCUAUUUUUUUUUUAAAGUGAAUAAUGUUUUCUUUUUUCAUGAAGAAUCCACCAAGAAUAAAGUUGCAAUUGUAUGAGGGGAAGUUAAUUUCAUAAGGUAACUUUUUCUUUUAAUUUUUAUCCUGAAAAUCUUGUCAGAUUGAAUUCUUUCCCAAAAAAUAGACAGCAUUUGUUUUUUUUUUUCCAUAAAAAUACAUGUAGUUAUUUUGAAAACAUGGCUUUACUUUCAUAAGAUUUUGACGUCAUUCUCAAAAGGUUCUAGAUUUUUUUUGUUAGAAAAAUUUGUUGGGCUUUUUUUAAAUUACAAAGUUGGUAUUAUCGUUAAAAAUCCAUUUUCCCCCUCAAAUGUACAUCUUUAAUCUCGUACAAUCGCACAGUUCUUUUUCUUUGAAAAAAUUUUUGAUUUCGUUUAAAAAAAAAAACAAAAAACAAGUUCUUGUAGGAUCUUGAUUUUAGUCUUGGAUUAUAUUUUUUCCCUUUUGGUAUGAUGGCAAUAAUUCUCAAUCGAAUCGAAGGCGGUCACAUUUGCCGGGCUGCUUGUCGCUAGGCAGAAUUCACGGGGCUCAAUCGUAGAUGCCCCGAAGGCCAACGCUAGUUAGUUAGCACGUGGCUAGCUUGGCCGUUUGAUGAAGGGAAUGACUCGCAAAAUAGUUUUGGACGUGUCAGUUUUGCAGUUGAAAAGCGCUUCUGUAUGAAAUUCCAGGAAAUUUGUUAUUUAUGUUUAGAUUUCGUGAGGAUUUCACUGAUUUGUUUUGUUGCUGUGCACUGACGAAGAGCUUGUCGUUGUAAUUACACCGUUAGCUGCUGAUGCUAUGCUACGCUAGCUGAGCAAGGUUUUUUUCUUCUUUUUCUCGUCAACUCCGAAUCACGCCCACUUCUGCUUGCCAGCGUGUAAAACGCAUUCAAACUUGUACCACAAACCCGAAUGCCGACUGCGCCUUAGUUUUUGUGUCGUUUUAAUGUUUUUUACCGUAAUUCCCGGCCUACAGAGCGCCUCACCGAGUACAUUUGUAAAGGAAAUACCAUUUGGAAGAUAGAUACGCCGCAGCUGUGUAAAGGCCGCAAGUGCCCACAUUGCAACACGAGAUAUUUACAAAGAAUGACGGUACACGAAAAGAGUUCAAUGCUAGCACACCGCUAAUGAUAGUGUUAACUCUCGUGCUAACGCUAACAGGGCCGGUUACAAUAAAACGUACCGGUAAUUAUGACUGAGACACGCCAGUAACACAGCAGCAACAUGCUAGCACAGCGCUAACACUAGUGCAGUGCUAAAAGGGGCAGUAAAAGUCACUUCCUCGGCACAUAUAUUCCACCGGUCUCAUUCGUCCCUUUUAGCUCGAGCGCCCCCUUGCGGCCGUUAGGAAAAAAAAAAAAAAACGCACAAAUCGGCGGCAUCGCCGCACAAACCGCAGGGUUGGAAGUGUGUCAAGAAAGUCGCGGCUUGUAGGCCGGAAAUUACGGUAUUUUUUUAAUUCAGCACUUAAGAUCAUAAAAUGCAAUGUCGUUUAGCAGAGGGGAAACAUUUUCCGGGACCCAUCUUAAUCCCAACGCCGAUGAAACAUCAGUAAAUGCAGCAGAAUUUUUGAAAAAUUCCCCCAAAAUUUGAUCUGAACAACAUUGGGGUAAAAUGUUGUCAUCUAAAUCUUGUGAGGAUAUAAAGUCGUAUUUUCCAAGAUAAACUGGUACCAUUAAGUCAGAGUAUUGAGGGGAAGAAAGCCAAUUUAAAAAAAAAUAAUACAACUUUAUUCCUGUGAUAUUACGUAUUAUUAUUUAUUUAUUUAUUUUUUUUUAAUUUCAUUUGGCCCUUGGUAGGCCUAAUUGGUUCGGUUCGUUUUUAUUUCCACGCUGGUCCCUCGACACGGAGGAGCUCCGAACGUUUUUAAACGCGCUACAACACAAGGUGGUGCCCUGACUUACGAGGCGAAUAUGUGGUGUGAGCACAUUUGUAACUCAGAACACAUUGAAAUGCAGUACUGUUAACCCGUUACAGCCUUCCCUCCCCCCCCCCCCCCCCGCACCCCAAAAACAUUUUGGUCUUUUCGAUAGUUGUGUCAAUUCAACGGACAUUUGCGUUCUGCUCCUUUUGCCCACCUGGGGGCAGUAGAAUACAUGCAAAUCAAGUCAAGGUCACACUUGGUCAGCAAGCCGCAAUGAUAUUAGUUGUUCUUCGCAGAGGAUAAAUAAUAUAUGCUUGUGAGUGUUGUAUCGUCGAUCUACGUCGAGUCACUCGUAUCUCGAGGCACCGCCCUUAUUGCAAAUGAAUCCACAAAGCUGCGGCUCGCGGACCCCCCAGGUGUCCGGGGACCCCGGUUUGAGAACCGCCGGUUGAGCUCACGGCACAAUUUUCACGUAGCGUAAAGACGUACUCUGCCGCGUCCUCCCGAUGCCGGGACGUAGCCCGCGCGCUCUUGACGCCGCGAUCCCCACAAGUAGACGAAAGUACAACGCGACCCUGCACUUCUCGACAAAUGCGGAAGGCAUUGAGAGCGAGCGCUUGACCUUUUCCACGUUUUUCGUCACAGCCCGAUUCCAAAGUACAAAAAUGCAAACGGGCCGUUUUCCCGAUCCAAAAAUGCGGGAAAAGCUUUGAAUACUUUUGCGGAUGCAGCAUAUUUCCUCGUCUUCCAUUUUGAAAACUUGUCGAUGCGCUGAAUGUAUUUCGCGGCGGGCGGUCCGGGCCUCCGCGGGCCCGCGGAUCGGAAGGGGGAACGUUUACGAGCAGCGAUGAUGCACUUGGGUUUCACACCAUUUUUUAUAUUUAAUAAAGAAUAUUUUGUGUUUCUUCCUCACGGUAUGUUUGCCUCAAAGUCUCCUUUUGUGCCGCGUCUUUUGGCAUUCAUUAA